UUAAGUAGUAGUAGUUCAAACGACGGCCGCUUCCCGUUGGUUCACCGAAUUAUCCGGCAGGCACAGAAGUCUAUGGUUAUUCUGUGGCUGUAUACGAGUUAUGGGUGUUCGGUGCUACGGCUUACGGUUAUGAGCCGCCUGCCGUCGUGUUUCGGCUGUGCGCGUAAUGUGCGCGGUGCGCAUCGCGGUUCCCUGCUUUCCAGACAGCGCAUGUGGGGAGUUCUUGUGAGAGAACCUCGCACUGCGACGUCACCAUGUCCGGAGUGAUGGGAUUCCACGCACGCGAAGCCAUCCGCGUCAAUGCGAAGAAAUGUGGGCGAGGUGAAGGCUCCACCGAGCAGCGCAAGUUCAGCCUAGACCCGCAGAUCACAUCUUUUGAGGUACUGCAGAGCCUCCUGGCCAGAGCAUUUGACAUCCAAGGGGAGUUCACGGUGAGCUACCUGGCUCGUGAUGACGAGGGCGGCGAUGCGUACCUGGGCCUGCUCUCCGACUGGGACCUGGAUGCUGCCUUCCUUAGCUCUUCCGAGCCCUGCCUCAAGCUGCGCAUCGAGCCCAAGCCGUACGACAAGAGCCUUGCGGAAUGGGACGUGGUCACUCCUGGCGACAUGGCCAAGGCACCGCCAAAGCCGUCGCUCACUGGCACUCUCCUCAGCCAGAUGGAGAAGACACUGAGCCGGUUCCAGAGGGUGCUCAGCCUGGCUGCCCUGCAAGAGUCUGCUGCUGGUGACUGCACGCCGCCCCCGCUUGGAGACCGCGAGUUUCGCGCCUGCCUGGAUGGGGAGGGACGGUUGCUGAAGCCUCGUGAACUGCGGCUCGCCAUUUACAAGGGUGGAGUCGAGCCAUCGCUUCGGAAGGUGGUGUGGAAGCACAUCUUGAACGUGUACCCUGAUGGGCUGACGGGCCGACAGCGGCUAGCGUACAUGCGUCGCAAGAGCGACCAGUACGUGCAGCUGCGCACCGCUUGGAAGGCACUGCUAGACAAGCCGGACUACAGCGGCGAUAUCCAGCUGGUGACAAACAUGGUGCGCAAGGACGUACUACGGACCGACCGCACAAACCCAUUCUACGCGGGCGGGGACGACAACCCCAACGUUGUCUCGCUAUUCAACUUGCUCACCACAUUUGCCCUCAACCACCCGACACUCUCAUACUGCCAAGGCAUGAGUGACCUGGCCUCCCCUCUGCUGGUGGUGAUGCGUGACGAGCCACAUGCGUACGUGUGCUUCUGUGCACUCAUGCGGCGCCUGGCACCCAACUUCAACUUGGAUGGAGAGGCGAUGACACUCAAGUUCCAGCAUUUGUCUGACCUCGUUGAGCACUUUGACCCAGCGUUCUUCAGGUACCUUGAGGAACGCGGCGCCCAGGACCUGCUCUUUUGCUACCGUUGGCUGUUGUUGGAGCUGAAGCGCGAGUUCGCCUUUGACGAUGCGCUUCGCAUGCUUGAGGUGCUGUGGAGCUCCUUGCCGCCAUCACCACCAGAGGGCGAGUUGCCAUUGUUUGAGCGACCCUACCAGAUGGAUGGUGUGGGCCCGCCGCCGCCACGCGUAGUAUCCGCUAACCCGUACAGCAAAGUGCGUGCCAUUCGGCGCCAGAGCUCACCUGUGGUGCGCGGAGAGCCGAGCAGCGAUGACGAGGACGAGGCAUAUGAGCGUGACCUGGACGGUGGUUGGUGCAAUGGCGGUGGCUCCGACUCCGACGACAAGCCGUCGAAUCACACGAGUGAGGGCUACGUGUCCGAGGGCGCAUCGUCUCGCGAGGCUUCCACUGACGACUCCUCGGGAAUUGUGCCGUGGACCGCUAAGCCCAAGACAUUACCACGGCCGCAAGAACUUGGCGGCGGCAACCCCUUUAUGAUGUUCUUGUGCCUGACGCUGCUUAUGCAACAUCGUGACGUGAUCAUGCGCAAUGGCAUGGACUACAACGAGCUGGCCAUGCACUUUGACAAAAUGGUGCGCCGACACCGGCUGCAGAAAGUGCUUCAGCAGACCAGGGCUCUGUACACUGACUACCUGCGCCUCGGUUGGGACGAACAUGUGUGAUUUCAUCAUUGUAAAACUAGUCUGUGUGUUCCAUGUCAGUGCAGGGCUGCCAAUGCACCCUGACUCACUCUUGACCCGGUGAUGAGACUGUCGUCGUUGGGCGCAGCCAUGACAUGUCGAAUCUGUGAUACCGAGUGCGCAAUUACAGUCGCACGUCGUUACCUUCGCUAAUAACUCGACUUGUGUAAAUUGUAUUGUUUAUGUGAAAACUCGCUGUUCGCAUAUCGACUGGGCAGAAACACACGAAGCCCAAAUAUUUUUGUCUGGACAUCGUCGGUAUGAACACAACCAACUCUACACAACUUACACAAGCCAGAAGUCCUGCACAUAUUGGCUGUGAGACAAUAGCCAUGUCUGUUUUGCAGCAACAAAUAGCUGAGAGAAUAACAAAACAGUUCAGAUUGAUUGAAAGUUGUUGAUUUUUUGUUCUAUCAUUGUUCUUUUUUUAUAGGUUCUGUCAGGAUUUGCUAUUACAGAUAGCUUGCUUUGCUCCAGAACCUAAUAACGAGAGAACGAGCAGGACUGUACCUCCAUCACCAUCUUCUGUUUUAACGGGAAGCAGUCUUUCCUUUUCAAGUCACUUUGCAGUUGGUAGGUUCCUGUCUCACUUCAUGUGGGGCCUCUUCAAUGAAAUGUCAAGCGGUUGGGUUUAAACAAGGAUACCCCAUAGCCACAUACUCUAUCCAUUAGGCUGCAGACAUAGAGCGAGCAAACUAUCAACUGGGUUUAUUUGCGUCAAGUCUGCAUAUAUAGGCAGUGUUCACAGGUGACAAAAAAAAAGGAAGGGGGGAACGAGGAGAAGAGGGCAAAUCAAGCCUGCCUCAUGUCAACACAAGCUGCGCAGGAAAUUGUGUUCAGCAUGAUAUAAGGCAGCAGAAGUGUCACUUACAUAGUCAUCGCCCUUUGUGGGCCAAACAGGGCGCUGCGUGAAUGAACGUGCAAGAGAGCAUGCAUUGUCAAUUCAGAAAAGAGAAGGAGCGCACUUGCCCGCUCAUUACAUUGCAUGUAAAGAAUGGAGACCACUGUUCAACAAAAUUAAGAUUCGAGGCAGAAGCAAGAAUAAAACAGCCUGUGAGCUUUUAGAAGCUUUUUAAAUCAAGGAAAAGGACGAUGACUGUGUAAGUGGCACUUCUGUUGCGUUAUAUCUCACUGAACGCAAUUUCCUGCACAGCUUUUGUUGAUAUGAGGCAGGCUUGAUUUGCCCUCUCCUCCUUCUUCCCCCCUUACAUUUUUUGUCACGUGUGAACACUGCCUAUAUAUGCAGAUUCGACACAUUUAAACCCAGUUGAUAGCUUGCGGUCUUUUAAUCUAACUCGUUCUUUUUUUUUUUUCCUGUGUUCAUUCUUUCUUAGGCGCAACUCUUCCUAAAACAUAGCCUUGCACCAACUCACCCAGCAAAAAGUUAUUCUAAACUGUUACCGCUUUAAUGGAUUGGCAUGUGCAUCACGUUGCAGACUUAAAAUAGCAGCACAUAAGUGGCACACUGAGCAAGCAUCAGGUCAUCGACAAAUUUAGUCACUGUCAUGUUGUUUUCCGGCCGCCACACAAACGGUCUCUUCACCCACACAGUUGCUUGCCUUACAGUUUAUAUUGUGCCGUCUGGUAAGAGAUGGUAGUACCCCAGACACGGCUAGAUGCUAGCUACUAGCAAAAUGCUUCGCAUAAUAUUCUUUCUCACAGUGCAUCAGACGUUUUUAUUUAUUUAUUCAUACCUCAAAUACCCAAUUUGGGGUUUUAUGUGAUGGGUGGGCAUAUCUCGGUCAUAUCUUCAAUGAAUGCCUUGAGCGAUGAAUGACUGAGUGGUGCACCACUUCAGCAGGUAGAUGAUUCCAGUCUUUUGCUAUUUGAAUGAAGAAAGAGUUAAGAUGAGCAGUGGUGCGAGCUGGAGGGGGAUAAACAGCCUUUGAAUGGCUAUGAUGGGAAUCAAUCCAUCUUGAUUGUAGCUUGCUUAAGUGGAUUGAAUGUUUCUUGCAGAAUAGAACACGGUACAUUUCUGUUAAUGAUCAUGACUCUAAAUCAUGCAAUGUAACAUCCAUUGUUCCUCUGGGGUCAGCCCUUGGGCCUCUUCAUUUCCUAAUUUAUAUUAAUGACCUGCCUGAUUCUGUUACUUCUAACAUAAGGCCCUUUGCAGACGACUGCAUUCCGUACCGCGUAAUUUCUAAUGAGUCUGACUUCUCCGUUUUUUCAAUCUGACCUAAAUAAAAUUUCUUCUUGGUCUAAUACAUGGCUUAUGAAACUAAACAUUGACAAAUGUAAAGCAAUGAGGGUGUCUCGAAAGAUUAACCAGUCUAUUUCUCAGGGCUAUGAUCUUAACCGUUGCCCUCUUCAGUUCAUCGACAGCUACAAGUAUCUAGGCAUCCAUAUCACUAAAAACCUGUCAUGGCAGAAACAUAUCCACCAUGGUAUUAACAAAGCUAACAGUUCCCUUGGUUUUCUUCGGCAGGAUUUCCGCCUCGCUCCCAUUCCAUUGAAACGACUAACUAUAUAAAACACUCGUGCAUUCUAAACUCGAGUACGCUUCACCAAUAUGGGACCCGUACACUAGCUCGUUAACACAGUCGUUAGAAUCGGUUCAAAACUGCUCAUUUAGGUUUAUCCUCUCUAACUACUAUCGCUUAGCCAGCAUUUCUCGCAUGAAGCAAAAGCUUGACCUACCUCUCCUUUCUACUAGACGUCAAAUUUCCUGCUUAUGCCUGUUUCAUAAAAUAUACUACACUAAUAAUGACCUAAAUAUGACACUUUUUUCGCCUCCGAGCCAUUGGUCAUUCCGUAUUGAUCGUCGAAUGAAGGUUGAGGUGCCUCAGUGUAAAAGCAAUGUUUACCUCAAAGCCUUCAUCCCGAAAACAAGUCAAGACUGGAAUCGCCUUCCCGCCUCCGUCGUCACUAUAACAAAUCAUGAUGCGUUCAAGUCAGCUAUCUGUGACCAUGUGCUGCCUCAUUAGCCACUUUUUUUUUCUUUUUCUGUUGCCACUCCUCUCUGUAAUACCUGUACGGCUGUGAGAGUAAAUAAAUGAAAUGAAGUGUGA